AUGACAGAAAAGAAAACUUACUGUAUGCCAUGUUGUCAAGCACUUGGCUCAUCAUCAGCUCACGAACCAGAGUCAAGUUGUUUGCUGCUUAAGGAUAGAAGCAGUCUAUUUAAACCAACUGAAGGGGUCAUAACUGUCUGUGAAGAGACUGAAAAAUGUUUCCAACGGAUGAUGAAGGUUGCUGAUGGGAAGCUUCCUCACUGCAAGAGUAUUGUCGAUGCCAUAGCUGUAUAUGUGUUGG